CAAAGCUUGGAUCUCACGUGUCGCAGCGCUGCUGCUGGGAGAGAGAGAGGAUGUUGAUAGCUGGGAGGAUUUGGACGAUGAUGGUGCGGAUCUCCGCUUCCAGCACAUCUGCCUUCAGAGUGUGUCCCAAAAGGCCCUGACACUGAGUUGGCAGAAGCGACAGCCUGUGGGAAAAGAAGAGGCCAUGUCUCGGCAGGCGCUGAAGAAUGGAGGGACAGAGCGGCAAGAGGUGCUGUAUGCUGUUAAGGGCAAGCGAGACCAUGCCAUCCAGGAGCUCAGCAGCCAGCUUUCAGUGGAACUCCUGGAGAAGCAUGAAGAUCUGCCAGCUGCAGAGCUACCAGGGUGGUUCUGGGCCGAUGCCGAGGACCCAGGCAUGUUACAGGCCCGGCAGCUCUUCUAUUUGGUCACUGGCCAAGAUUUGCCAGAAGAGCACCAGCCACUAGUGCGAAGCGUGGUCACGCAGAAGAGCCCUGGAGAGGAAGACCUCAGCAAACUCUUUAUGCUCAUUUUGGCCACGGUAUCCAGCAGUCUUGUCUCAAGCAGUCAUCUUCACGUCGCGUUCCAGAGCUUAUCCGCCUCUCGGACACAGCUGCUGCGUUUUGGGAAAAACCUGCUGCCCGGCACGUUGGAUUCCAGCCCCGCAGACCUUCGCAGCUUGUUGGUCUUAGGCAGCCUUUGCUGGCGCUUGCUCACCUGCCUGCAGGAUGCCUACUGCCUACUUGGUGGCGAGGGUGCCCUCUUCAAGAGCCACUUGCGCCUGGAUGGUGGCCCUGUGGUUCUCACAGAGGCAGGCCCAGUGAGGAAGGCCGCAAACGGCUACAGGGUUGGCCUGCGAGGAUGGGAUGAUGAGCAGGUCAUCACGGCAGAUCAGCUCGAGCAAGUGAGGGGUCGUUUGCAGCGGGAGGGGGCUGAGAUUGCUCAAUCCAGGGAUGGCAAACUUCCCAUCGUCAAGAACUUGAGUGGUGAGGUUGCCUUCAAGUUUCACCGCCGAUGGAUGAUCCUCUCAGGUGCCCCUGCAAAGCUUGAGGUGAAGGCACUGGAUUGA